UCCCACCAGCCAAGCACCAUGAGCCAAGCCACGCCCACAUUAGCCUACAUAUCGGGCAGCUGGAGGGCGGGCGGGGGCGGCACCUUCCCCGUCUACGACCCCGCCAACGGAGCCGAAAUCGCCCGGGUGGCCGACUGCACCCCCGAGGACGUCGCGGCGGCUGUGGACGCGGCCUCCGAAGCCUUCAAGACUUGGCGACUCACGAGCCCCAAAGAACGCGCCGCCAUCUUGCUUCGAAUCAGGGACGGCCUCAACAACAACAAGGACGCCAUCGCCACCAUCCUCACCAGGGAGAAUGGUAAACCCAAGGGCGAGGCCGCGGGGGAGGUCGGGUUCGCAGCCUCCUUCUUCGAGUGGUUCGCCGAGGAGGGUCGAAGGCAGUACGGCGAGACCAUCCCAAGCCCCGCCCCCUCCAAGCGCUUGGUGACCGUCAGGCAGCCAGUGGGCGUCGCUGCUCUCAUCACGCCCUGGAAUUUCCCCAUCGGCAUGAUCGGGAGGAAGGUCGCCGCCGCCCUUGCCGCUGGCUGCACCUGCGUCCUCAAGCCCGCGGAGGACACGCCCCUCACCGCCCUCGCUUUCGCCAAGGUAUGCGAAGAGGCCGGCGUCCCCGCAGGAGCGCUGAAUGUCCUUCCGUGCUCCAGGAGUCGCGUCCAGUCCGUGGGAGCCGCCCUCUGUGACUCGCCGAAGGUCCAGGCUCUCUCCUUCACCGGGUCGACGGCGGUGGGGCGGUGGAUCUACCAGCGCUGUGGCACGACUAUCAAGAAGUUAUCCUUAGAAUUAGGAGGAGACGCGCCAUUUAUCGUCUUUCCCAGCGCCGAUGUCGGAAAAGCUGUGAAAGGGGCGUUGGCGGCCAAGUUCCGAAAUGCUGGACAGACAUGCGUCGCAGCCAACCGCAUAUUCGUGCAUGAAUCUGUGCAUGACGAAUUCGUAAAGCAAAUCGCCGAAGCCAUGGACGCGGAGCUGAAGUCCGGACACGGUCUAGAAAAUGGCGUCAACCACGGACCAAUUAUCAAUCAGCGACAAUUCGAUCGGCUGGUCAAGAUGAUCGACGAGUCUAUCGCAGCUGGUGCAAAGGUGGUUCGAGGAGGAAAACCUGGAGGAGGACUGUUCUACCCUCCAACCCUCCUCACGGGCAUCACCCUCGAUAUGCCGGUGGCCAAGGAGGAGAUCUUUGGACCCGUGGCCGCCAUCUUGAAAUUCCGCGAGGAGGAAGAGGUCGUCCGGCUUGCCAACGGGACCGCUAUGGGCUUGGCCGGAUACUUCUACACGGGCGACGUGGGUCAGGCAUGGCGCGUAGCUGAGGCGCUGGAGGUGGGCAUGGUGGGCGUGAACGAGCCGAUGGUGUCCACAUGCGAGGCGCCCUUCGGUGGCGUCAAGCAGUCUGGUCUGGGCAAGGAGGGCUCCCUGCACGGCCUUGACGACUACACGCACAUCAAGUACAUCUGCUUCGGGGUCUAAACUCGCGUUCUUUGUCUCUCUGCCUUCUCUGUCUAUUUCUCCUUAUGCCUUUUUUUCCUUUUCAAGAAUAUUUGCUUACCUGUUUCCAUUCUCUUUAGUCUCUCCUCUCCUAUUUUCUCUCUUUUCUCCUCUCUUGUCUCUUCUCCCCCCUCUUUCUUUUCGCUCUCCCCUUUCUAAAAUAAAGGUGUUGCCUUUAUCUAUAACACAUUCAUUAAUCUGCAAAUUACACCUAGCAUCAAUAUGAAGUUAUGUUCCCGAUAUAGGUAAUGCAUGGAGCUAACUACAAUAAAAAUCAAAAUAUCA